AAAGCCAUUUUGAUAGGUGACGAAAACGGAAGAUGUAUGAUACGCGUCGCCCAAUUUGGCUAAGACAUCUUCUGUCGGCAAACCCAACACGCAUGCACACGGAAGUGUCAUGUUUUAUACUACCAACAUCCUGAAUACGUCUCGUUGUUUGCGGUCAUGCAUUCAUCCUUCGAGUCGCUCUUUUGUCCGAUCUUUGCCACGUAAUUUUCCAAGGAUAGGGCGGUUUACUUCGGGAAAGUCAUCCCAGAGCAUACUGCCGACUUUUCGUGACCAGGUUGCCCGUUCAACUGAAGUAGAGUCUUUUGGCUCUCGAUUUCCCCGGCCGACAAUACGGAAUCAAGUUCUGUUUUUUAUCGGUGGAUCUUUACUUGCGUAUUCGAUAGCCACAAGUCAAACCGAGAUUGACACCGAAUACUGGUCAAAACGCCUCGUAUCUGUCUCUCACGUAUGGACUCUGCGCCCCCCAACUACUGAGGAGAUGAGAAAGGCUCAGUACCUAGAGCUGGGCAAGUAUCUGCAAACGCAAGUAAAUCAGCUCAAGGAUACGCUGGCAGAGUGGCCCCUUGCGUUGCGCAACCUCGUUCUAUCUGUCUACGUUCAAGCUGCACAGUCAUACCUUGAUGCCCCCGAGGGUAGAAGAUUGUGCUGGUUGAUUUGUGGCGUCAACACGGCUAUAUAUCUCAUGUGGAAGAUACCACGACUCGCGCCGUUCAUGACCCGAUCUUUCACUCACCACCCGUUGUCGGGACGCUCGUACACUCUGCUAACGAGCAUGUUUAGUCAUAAAUCUUUCAUCCACCUGUUAGCAAAUUCAAUGGCCCUCGCUAGUUUCGGCUCGGCCGCCACGCACUAUUUUACCCUGGAGCAACUCAAACAUGGUGAACACCAACAGGAAGCCACUGCUAAGUGGCAUUUUCUUGCUUUCUUUAUCUCCGCUGGGCUGUUUUCUGGUUUGGUCAGCCACGUUGCUGCUUGCAAAGUUCUCUUCCCUCGCCUUAUCAACCAGUACACCGCUUCUGCGGUCAUAAAGAAUUCCCCAGCGGCAGCUGCAAUAUCUAGCACAGCUGCAAAGGUCGCAACCACUGCUCCGCGGGAGAUUCUACCAUCGUUAGGCGCGUCCGGCGCCAUUUAUGCAGCUGUGACAGUUAGCGCAUUAGCCUUUCCGGACGCCCAAGUCAGCCUCAUUUUCCCUCCUUUCGUUUCGAUACCGAUUCAAACGGGAGUUGGUGGUCUCGUCAUACUUGACAUGAUCGGCAUCGUACGCGGCUGGAGGAUGUUCGAUCAUUAUGCUCAUCUUGGUGGUGCGGCAUUUGGUGCAAUGUAUUACAUGUAUGGACCGCAGUGGUGGGCCUUCAUGAGAAACAAGUAUCAGCGAUUACGCUCUCCCACAUCCUAGACGAGUUGUCUAGGUAAUAUGUCCUAGAAUCACACUAAGUUAUACAUCACUCAACCACCACUGGCACUCGACAGCGCAACAAUGCAUUGAUUACUAUUGUACAAUGGAAAAAAAGACCUC